GUUUGCAGAAUAUUGAGAAAAAUCGCCCCAUUCGAGAGAUAAAGAAAACCUUCUUAUAGUCGGGCAAUGGAAAAACUAGGGUUGGCCUGCCCAUUUUUCUUUCGGUCCGGAAAACCACAAGGAUCGAAUCGCGGUAUCCUUCAGCUGAAUUAUGACUGCUACCUGAAAAUAUUUUCCUAUUUAACAACGCUGGAGGAUCUGCUGAAUCUUGGCCGGGCUCAUCCACUGCUCUGUGAUGUACUUGGUCAUGUGCUGCGAAUGCGUUACACAAAGAUCAAUGUGCGGAUGCUGAAGACGAUUUCAGAUUGGGAGUUCCUCUUGGGACUGUGCGGCUCCGAAGUGAUCAGAUGCGAGCUUCCUCAUGGCCACUGGGACGACGGUUUCACUUAUCCUUUUCUGAAGCUUUUAGGGCGCCUUUGCCCGAAUCUCCGCCAGGUGGUGGUAAUAUUUAUGCACACAGUGACUCCACUGCAUACGACCGAAGAUGUUCCCUCCAGUGUCAUGCCGUUGCUCUUGGAGCUUCCCGGAUUGACGAACCUAACUCUUAUAGAUGCCAAAGCAAGUCACCUGGAACAACUGCAGCAUUUUAGUAAACUUCAAGCUUUGGAUUUGGAUGGAAUUGAUAAAACCCUUAGCAUUUCAGCCUUUGAAACUAUGUUCCAUAACAAGGACCAACUGAGAAGUCUGGUGCUGAACUUUGGACAGGGAUUCAGGCAAUCUUUUCUGUUACACCAGGUGGAAAAAAAGUGUCCGCGACUCAACCACAUUACCCUGGAGAACUUUGAUUCCAGAAUUAGAGAUCUGGGUACCUUUAGGAAUCUUCAAUCGCUUCAUUUAAUUUUCUCCUGGCGGAUCGUGGAAAUGAACACGGACUUUUACAGGUCGCUAGUAAAGCAUUAUGCCGGCCGCUUGCAAAGAUUGAAACUUAAAUCUAUCCGUGUUAGGGUGGAUCAAGUGCAUCAUUUCCGAUCUUUAAACGGGCUUAAAUCUUUUGACUGCGAUGAAUAUCCUAUUCAGUCAUUAGAUGAGUUGGGUCACUUAACUAGUCUUGAGUGUUUGGCCUUAGAUUGCUUGGAGCCAUAUCCAAACGGAAUACUUCAACUUUUGGAUAUUUUAAAAAAGUGCUCCAAUCUUAAACACCUUAAACUGGGUGUUACGUGGCGCAUGGCCAUCAAGGAUUGUGAAAGAUUAGUUGGCUCCUGUGGAAACACAAAUGAAGACCCAAAGCGAAAUCUUCUGCUCAGUCUCACCUUUAUUGAAAAUGAGGAUAUCCAAGAAAAGUUGAAGAAUCUUGUGCGGGAUUCCGAAGUAUUACGGCUGUCUUUUAAGGAAACAACUUGUCACCAUUGCCAACGAGAUACCCAUGCUAAGUGCGAUACCAUUUUUACAUAAAUUUAAUUACCUCGCAAUGAGAAUGUUCGAUGGCGACCGUCAACCUCAGUGUCCAAUCAUUGUAUGAUAUCCCAUUUGUAUCGAACUCUCGCCGUU